GCGAAUUGUAUCGGAGUAGUAAGCAGCAGUCCCGGGCCGCAUCAGGACGCAGCGCCGAAUGGAUUCGGUGGUCGAGGAGGCCUUCGAGGUGCAGGUGCUGCAGCCUUUUCACGGCUGGACGCUAGAGCGAUUUUGUGACCGUAGCGGCAACACGUACCACGCGCUCACACGCGCUGCGCUGCGCGUUUCGGGCCGAAACGACCGCCUAAAUGGCGUCCAGGAGGCGCCUGAGCUCGAGGUGGGCGUACUUCCCUCUUCCGAUUGGAUGUGGAGCCACGACUGGAUGCCCGACAGUGACUACACACAAUGCGAUGAGGAAGGAUGGACGUACGGCUCGUCUAUUGGGCGCAUCAACUGCCGCCUCGCCGAGGGCACCAGUAAGGUAAAGCGUGGGUAUCAUCACUUUCUAAGGCGGCGUAGGUGGAUUCAUACGCGCGUGCGGACGCCGUUAUCUGCCGCACAAGCCGAAACAGAGCAGUCGCGACUUAGUACAGCGCCGUCGCCGACCUACGACCGUGAAUCUAGACUGUCUCGUACGCAGGGCCCGAACAGAUACUACCGCGUGUAUCGAGACUCUUUGAAGGCGUAUUUCCAGCUUGGGUCAACCAAAAGGUCAUCGAAUUUCGUGCGAGUGGACUUUACAGACGACGAUAUUCAAAAAGAAGGCUGGCUCGGUGUACGCGGAACGCUGUCACGGAGCUGGAAGCUGCGCUACUUUUUAUUACGAUGGGAUUCCAGUAGCCUCGUGUGCUUAAGAGACCGAGCGUCCAUGAUACAGGCGAGCGAGGAGCUGAUUGACAGACAUACGACGCUUCUAGUGGAGGAGGCGUCCAAGCCGCGGCAGUUCCAGUUCUCGGUAUGUAAUGGAGAGCGUACGUUACGUUUAAACGCAGUGGAUGGCACAUCUAGAGCUUUCUGGAUCUCAGCGCUCAGUGAGAUGAUCGUACGCAGUCGUGCGUCGUUUUUUGCAGCAGACGAAUCGGAGAGUGGAUCGAGUACCAGAAGUCGCAGUUUCCGACGCAUGCGGUCGUCAACUGACGAGGACGGAUCGUUAGUCAGCGCUUCGAUGGUCAACGAGAUGAAUGGAGAGAGUAACGGCGCUAAACAGAAGCACAGUCGUGCCGCAUGGAGACCGUACAAGUUUAUUGCGUCGACGAUGCAGUCGAAGCGCAAAACGGACGAAAGUUGCCGUCGUGACUACGUGAAACAGUUCGCUGACAUCCUUGACUCGAAAGUUGAGCUGGCUGUCUCUUUCAUUUUGGAAAAUAUCGCUAUUUUGGAGGAAAAUCUGUGCACUGCGCAGGAGUUCCUUCCAUCCGUGCCGUGUGUGCCACUUAAGGAGAUCCAGAGACUUCGAGUGGAGGUAAAUUCAUCUAUCGCAACGUUUCGAGUAGGCGCCAAGGCGACGCUGGAGUCGGAACGUACCAGUGUGCUUGGAUGUAAUAUGCUGCUGAAAACGCUGUUCUUACUGGUCUGUCGGCUACGUGAGAGAGUUAUUUCGCUGGCUCCAUCUCAGGAACAUGCGACGAUUAAGAAGAUUGUGGCCGAGUCUCCUACAAAGCGUCGUAUCCCUUUGGACUGGUUUACGGAGUGUGUGCCGUUAAUGAAAGACCGUGGCCAGCCUAGUCUAAGUGAAGAUAGCUCUAUAUCGACGAGCACAUCGAACUCGACGGUGGGGAAACUGGAGUUAUCGUACACGUCGGGCUCGUCUCUGGAGAUCAAGCGACCGAGCUCGCUCAUUGUUGCAAGACACGACAAGCGCAGUUCGUCUGUUCCGGAGUCGAAUCGAUCCAUCGGUACCCCAGUGAGCCACAGUGGGUACAGUGGACACAGUUUACACGCAUCAGAUGCGAUCAGGAUAAAGCCGUACACCGAGAUGCCCGCAGGGUUACGUGAGGGUCAUUUUAACCUCCCGAACGGCGUCAAUGGCUACGUGGUGAAGGUUCACGAUAAGGACAUUGGCUCACUAAUCGGCUACACUCUCUGCUCCCAGGCGUAUAUCGAUCAGCUGGAAGCUCAUUUCGAGCAGAAGGUCAACAUUGCUGAUGAGCUCCAUGCGUCCGAGAACAUGGGUAUCAGUGAAGUAUCCGCUCCGUCGCCGCCAAAAAGUGAGGACGCGCCUGAGAUUCCGGCAGCGACCGACGAAGCCUCGUCCAGCUCUACAGCGACUAUCGCCACAAACUCGGUGUCGGUGGCGGACAAGAAACAGGUGAUUUAUUUAAGCAAGUUGCGCUCGACGGACUUGCAGCACACUUCUAUGAAGUUCUCCUACGCGGUUGGCUCCACGACCCACGAGGUCCAAUGCGUGGCAUACUUUGCAGCACAGUUUCACGCACUGCGUGCACUUACCGCUCCGGGGAACGUGGAGUUUUUGAACUCUAUUAUUGAGAGCAAGAGAUGGGAUACCAGUGGAGGCAAGUCCGGCGCCUUCUUCUCGAUGACACACGAUAAGCGCUACGUGUUAAAGGGAAUAUCCGUGGUCGAGUUCAACAUGUUUGUUCACAUGGCUCCGAAGUAUUUUAACUUCAUCUCGCGCGUGGUUGAGGUCCCGACACCGACGGUCAUAACGAAGAUCGUUGGUCUGUUCAAGCUCAGUCACAGUCGACGCUUGUUGAAGCACACAGAGUACGUGGUGAUCAUGGAGAACUUUUCAUACGGCUUUCAACCGGGGCAGAUGUACGACUUGAAAGGAAUUCUGCGGCGACGAUACAACGCUUCCAGCAGCGACGAGGAAGACUGCCACGAAGCGUUUAACAGCGUCUCAAGCGUGCACGUGUCCAUGAACUUGCCGGUACUGCUAGAUGGCAAUUUCUCGGAGCGCAUGCCUGUUCCAGUGGCACAGCCGGACCUGGAUAUCAUCGAGGCAGCUAUUCAGAACGACACCGGGUUUUUGUAUCGCGCAGGAGUCAUCGACUAUUCGCUGCUGCUGCGUUUUGACGAGGACAAACGCCAAGUUAUCGUGGGCCUAAUUGAUUACUUGCAUCAGUUUGACUUUCUGAAGAAGAUGGAGUCAACGUCCAAGGCGAGUUUGACGUUCCGGAACCCCACAGUGAUUAGUCCCAUCUCGUAUCGUCGACGGUUCAUGAAUGCCAUGAACCGCUACUUUGUCGGCAUCGAGAAGGAAUUGGAGAUCCGGAUGCGUAAGCGUUGCGGGAAGCCUGGGAUGCGUCCCAGUGGAGCUCUUCCACUUGUUAGCGCCCCGAGUGCAUUAACUCCUGCCGCUAAAUCCAAGACACGGACCGACGAAGAAAAGCAUGCGGAUGUGGCAGUCCGACUUGCAGACAACUUGGCACUGACGAGUGAGUCAUUGCUGCUGUCCGAGCGCCUACCUGCCAAGUCGGAGUACCGCUUACCGAGACAGGAGAGCGACUGGACAAGCUCCAAGCCGCGAGGACACUCGAUGUCGCAUUUGUCCGAUCAUGAAGUACACUGCGACCGUGUGACGCACAGUGACGGUGAAUGCAACAGCUCGCCGUGCAGCUCGUCGAGUGCGUCAGUCAAAAGCUACCCUGCCACGCCACUCCACAACAACAACGUGAUCAUUGAAGAACGUUGCUCAUGA